GUAUAUAGAGAGAGCUCUGAGAGUGCCUCCUCUCUAAAACACACUCUCCCUGCGGAAAGACAAGCAGCCACUUCUUCAGGUUUUCAACCCGGACCAAGGGGUCUCUGACCCCAAUUCAGCACCUCUCCUGCUCCCAAUAGCUAGACGCCAUGACUGAUGACACUGUGUUCGAUUCAGAAAGCAGCUUCUGCUUCCCAGCACUGCCUGGAAACAAUGAGGGAAGAGAUAUCAGGCUAUUUUCCACAGGGGAUGAGGACAGCAGUCUGUAUUUUACCUACAGUGGGGGUUGCAAUGAACUGGAGGUCAGAAAUCUGCACUAUGAGGUGGACACAGCAGCACAGAUCCCCUGGUAUGAGAAACUGUCCGAGCUGAAGAUGCCCUGGGAGAUGAGGGGUAACAAACAGACUGCUAUCAAAGACCUGAACCUGAGAGUGCACAGCGGCCAGAUGCUGGCUGUUAUCGGCAGCUCAGGCUGUGGAAAGACCUCCCUGUUGGAUAUUAUAACAUGUCGAGAUGAAGGAGGCACCAAGAAAUCUGGAGAGGUACUCAUCAAUGGCAAGCCCUGCACACCCUCGCUAGUGAAGAAAAGCAUUGCUCAUGUCCGACAGGAUGACCGCUUGUUACCUCAUCUGACAGUACGAGAGACUCUCACCUUCGUGGCCCAGCUGCGCCUACCAACACAUUUUACACAGGCACAGAGAGAUCAAAGGGUGAAUGAUGUCAUUGCUGAACUGAGGUUGAGACAGUGCGCUAACACACGAGUGGGAAACAACUAUGUGCGGGGUGUAUCUGGUGGUGAGAGGAGGAGGGUCAGCAUUGCUGUUCAGUUACUAUGGAACCCAGGUAUUCUUAUCCUGGAUGAGCCUACUUCAGGUCUAGACAGCUUUACUGCUCACAACCUGGUUUUCACCUUGUCUCGUCUGGCCCGAGGGAACCGUCUGGUCCUGCUCUCAGUGCACCAGCCACGUUCAGACAUCUUCCAGCUCUUUGACCUGGUGGUGUUGCUCUCCUCUGGCUCAGCCGUGUACUGCGGCCCUGCCAAAGACAUGGUGCCCUACUUCACAUCUCUGGGGCAUCCAUGUCCACGCUACUGCAAUCCCUCUGAUUUCUACGUGGACUUGAUCAGCAUUGACCGCCGCAGCUCAGAAAAGGAAGCUGAGUGUCUGGAGAGAACAAGGGUCCUGGCAGCCCAGUUUGCUGAGAAGGUGAAGAACACUGAUGACUUCAUGUGGAAGUCUGAGGAGCACAACGUUCCAGUGCUAGAUAAUAAUAUCCAAAGCGACAUCCCUUCUACACCAAACGCCGAAACCCGCAUCACAGUGUCACAAAGGAAGGACCAUCGACCAGGCCGGCUGCACCAGUUCUCCGUACUGAUUAGGCGGCAGGUAUUUAAUGAUUUCCGUGACCUGGUGACACUGUUGGUGCAUGGCUUAGAGGCCCUGCUAAUGUCACUGCUCGUGGGCUUCCUGUACUUCGGGGCAGGUGAGGAGAAGCUGCCAUUGCAGGACACUGUGGCUCUGCUCUACAUGAUCGGAGCUCUCACACCAUUUGCUGUGGUACUGGAUGUCAUAGCCAAGUGUCAUUCAGAGAGAGCCAUGCUGUAUCAUGAACUGGAAGAUGGAAUGUACUCGGUCACCCCCUAUUUUUUUGCCAAGGUCCUGGGUGAGUUACCAGAGCACUGUGUUUUCACCCUGGUGUACAGCCUGCCUAUCUAUUGGCUAGCUGGCCUGAAUGACUCCCCAGACCGCUUCCUGCUCAACUUCAUGCUGGCGUGGUUGAUGGUGUACUGCAGCCGCUCCAUGGCUUUGUUCACAGCAGCCGUGCUACCCACCCUCCAGACCUCUUCCUUCAUGGGAAACUCCCUUUUCACUGUUUUCUAUCUGACCGGCGGCUUUGUUAUCAGCCUGGACAACAUGUGGCUAGUCGCUUCCUGGUUUUCCUAUAUUUCUUUUAUGCGCUGGGGUUUUGAUGGGAUGCUGCAGGUUCAGUUCCGUGGCCUCAAAUAUUCAGUCAGCCUGGGAAACCUGACCAUCAAUGUAGAUGGCAUUAAAGUGGUGGAGGUGAUGCAUAUGAACCAGUUCCCACUCUACUCCUCUUAUCUAGUGCUAAUCGCUGUAGUGUUGGUCUUUAUGUUGCUCUACUAUCUGUCACUAAAGUUCAUUAAGCAGAAGUCCAGUCAGGAUUGGUGAAGAAAAAGCUACAGUCAAUCUCUUUUGGACGAACUUUACCCCCUACACAUGAAGCCAGGCCACUGCAGGAAAAUGGCAGCACCAACAUGUUCUCAGUCCACACUGAGGUGAUAUGGGAGAACUCUGGAGAAACGUGUUCAUGUGCUGCAUAUACUAACAAACUCAAGUGUGUCAGCGCUGUCAUCAUUGGACAUUUAACAAUCUGACAAUUUUCUGCUUAUGAUGGACAGAAAGAUCAAAAUUGUAUAUUUAGAAAGUUAUUGUAAGUUGCUUUGUGACAUAUAAGAGCAACUUUUUUGAAUAAUAGCAUUAUAGGUUUAUCCUUAGAAAAAUGCCACCAUGUCAAAAUCAUUGGAAGUCUUGUCAGCUCCAUGUUUGUCCCAUUUAUUCACUAAUAUCAGGGCCAUCAGAGAGUUCCCCAAAUUCCCAUUUGGAGGUUGACAUGAACAGUUUUUACUUCUACACAAGCCUAUAUGACGUCAAAAAUCAAAAGGGGCGAGAAGUGACAUGUCAGGUGUGUGGCAGGAGACAUUGUUAUGAACAAAAUGGUGGCUGGUUGAGCAGAUUGUAUUAAGUGCUCAUUUGCCAACCAUGUUAUGCAUUUACCAAGGGCUAGUUAGAGAAUGGAGAGGAGCGUAAGAUGUCAAAUCCUAGGUAUUUUGGCAAACAUACACAAAGCAAAAUAGUGAGACAGAUAUUUCGAAAGUGAUAUACCAUUAACAACAUAAAUAAUCACAAAGUGAUUUAUGACUAAGGUGUGAAGUUAUCCUUAUGAUCUCAAGAAGUGAGUAGUGGAAGAGUACUACCGAAGUCUCUGACCUCCAAGAGAUUGUAUACCAAACUUCAAAUGAGCCAAUAAAGCAUUGCAACAAGCUUUAAUAUGACAUCUGGGAUUCUGCAUAAGGGAAUGGUGAGAGGGAGAGCUGACAAAGGUAACAAUAUUGAUAACAAUAUUGAAACACAGCUCUCAUUUUCUACAACAGAUAAUGUUCACAUGUGAGUGUUUGAGUUGUUCAUUAGACUACACAUGACUGUCACUGGAUGGCAGCAAAGCUCCAUGCAUACCCAUCUUCCUUUGCAGCCAGUUUUUUUUUUUAAACAGCUUUUGUUCAUGUCUCUUAUGCAUGUUUAUUUUCCAUACUGUGAUUAAUAAUCUUAAUGAGUUAUGGAUGUAAAGGGAUAUUUAAGGGAUAUCUUGGAUAUCUUCAGUAAGUUACACUAUCAAAGCAUUUCUAUGUUAAAAUCCUGAUCAUCUAAGUUUUGCACUGGUGCAAACCCCUGAUAAAUGUGGCAAGAAAAUGUUUGAAAUAUAAAACACAGAACCAAAGUAAGUGGUAUAUGUGUGUUAUU